UGUACUGCGAGUCCGGGCUCCGUGCAUCAUUGCUUCUCGUCCUACUGCACUCUAACAGAUUAUUCUUUCUGGAGUUAUUCCGAUUUUGCCUCUGCAGUUCGCAUUAAGACGCUUUAUUUCAUUCGUACUUUGUAAAUAUACAAUUAGCAGACCAUGCGACUGCUCACUGCGACCUUGACAGGGCUGUCCCUGCUUGCGAGCUUGGCUAGCAUCGGGCCUGCUCUGGCACAGGACGUCUCUCAAACGUCUUUUGACAAUCCACCAACGUCAUAUUUUUACUUUAAAGAUUCCGAGGUAAUGCUUUUGCAUGAUGCCGAUUUCCAGUCUGUAUGGAGAUCCAGCAACCAGGGCAAAACAUGGUCCCUUGUAGAAGGUGUUCCCAAAGAAGCGCGAGCCGUUUUUGAGCAUCCCUUCGAUAAGAACAAGGCUUAUAUACUCGGAGCAGAUACCACCCAUUGGAAAACAGAUGAUCAAGGCGCAACAUGGACGAAGUUUACCACUCCGUUGCAACCUGUGCCGUAUGCCUUGAAUUUUCAUGCUGAACGCUCUGAUUACCUGAUCUUCGCCGGACAACAAUGCCAGACCUCGUAUGGAGGAUGCCAAACAGAUAGCUUUUAUACAUUGGAUAACUUUGCCACCAUCCACAAAUUGAGAUCGAACAUUCAAAACUGUUUGUGGACCGUCUCAUCCGAACAAUUUAAGAAUGCACCAACCAAGGAAAUUAUGUGUAUCGAACUAUUCGACAAUGGCAAUAAUCCUAUGCGCAGUUCGCGCCUCGUUCAGUCUGACAGCUUUUUUGAAUCUGGUCUUCAGAGAAUCAAUUUUAGCCAAGACAAGGACGUAAACGGUAUUAUUGACGUCAGAACUAUCAACAAGUUCAUUGUCGCUGCCGCCCGAUCACCUACCUCAAUGGAAGAAUUGGAUUUGUAUAUAUCCAAGGAUGGAGUUAAUUGGCAUGAAGCUGUCUUCCCCAAGGGCCAGAAAAUGGUAGAAAGAGCCUACACUUUGUUGGAAUCCACAGAUCAUUCGCUGAUGGUGGAUGUGCUCAGCAAUCCUAUCGCCUUGUAUGGUGACUUGUUCCGAUCCAAUUCAAACGGUACUUUCUAUGCCAAAAGUUUAGAAUAUGUCAACCGCAAUUUUGAAGGUUUCGUAGACUUUGAACGGAUUCAAGGCUUGGAAGGUAUUAUGAUGGCCAACGUCCAAUCUAGUCCUUCUGACAUGCUCUCUGGCAAGGACAAGAAAGUUCAAACCCGUAUGAGUUUCGAUGAUGGUAGUACUUGGUCUCCUCUGAAAAAGGUCAAGGAUCAGGAUGGAAAAGAUAUGGAAUGUAACAACUGUGUAUUGAGUUUGCAUUCAGUUACUGGCAACCAAAAUGUAGGCGUGGUAUAUUCUUCCAAGGCAGCUGUCGGAUUCAUUAUGGGCGUUGGACAUUUUGGAGAAUAUCUUCUCCCAUAUGAUGAAUGCGACACCUUCUUGUCCAGAGAUGGAGGAUUGACUUGGAACAUGGUAGCUGAAGGAGCUCAUAAAUACGAAUUUGGCGAUAUGGGCAAUUUGAUCGUCAUAGUGGACGAUGAAAAAGCUGUAGAUCACCUCCGUUGGAGUAAGGAUCAAGGUGCAACUUGGAACGAUGCCAAGCUUGAUGUGACUGUACGAGCUCAUAUGUUGACCACCGACCCAGAAUCAACCUCUCGUGUUUUCAACCUAUUUGCCAUUGAUCCCAAAUCUGAAAAUGGCCAGAAAUACAAACUCUUCCAACUUGAUCUUUCCAAAGUACAUUCAAGGCAGUGCCAACUGGAUGAAAACGAUAAGGAUAGGAGCGACUUUGAGACAUGGGCAGCCCGAGAUCUUACUGAAGGACCUGACUGCCUCAUGGGCCACGAACAAAUCUUUUACCGUCGAAAGCAAAAUAGCGAUUGCUAUGUUGGCAUGGACUUCCAAGAUCCCAAGUUGGACGAUAGACCUUGCAAAUGUACCGUUGCUGACUAUGAAUGCGAUUACAACUUUGUUCGUUCUGACGAUGGCAAAUGUGUUCGACUUGGUCCUGAUCCAAUGCCUGCCGGUUUAUGUAAAUCUGAUAGCGAUCUUUAUCCUUCAUCAAGCGGAUAUCGCAAAAUUCCCGGCAAUACAUGUGAGGUACCUGACUCAGGUACACCAAUGGAUGAACCUGUGGAUCGCCUUUGUUCUGAAAAUAAGGGCGGUGUUGAAUACGGUAAACCUGAAGACGGUCCUGCCAAAAAUUAUGGUCUCGCUACUCCUGGUGAUGAACGUAUUAAAGUGACACCUUACUACUUCCAACAUGAAAUUGAGCAAUUUGUUUACUUCAGAAACUCUCCUGCGGUCCUCAUUCGUCUACAGAAUGGUGAUUUAUUUAGAACAGGAGAUGCUGGAGCCACUUGGAAGCGCGUGCUGGAAGAUGCUGGAAAGAUCAACUCCUUUGUGAUGCAUGAGUUUGAGGAUUCGAGAGCUUACGCUUUUGCUGGAGAAACCAUGUAUUUCACAAAUAACCAAGGUGAAAGCUGGGAAAACAUCAAGAUCCCUCACCCUGUCAGCAAGGUCGUCGUCCAACCCAUUGAUUUCCAUCCCGGCGAAAAAGAUUGGCUCAUUCUCAUUGCGGACUCGCCUUCUCCAGCUCACACCAUUGCCUAUAUCUCCAGAGACAAUGGAGGUAACUGGGAGCAAAUCCAACAAGUCAAGUCUGUACAGAAAUGUAUUUUUGGCCGCGACUCCAAUUUCAAGAUCGAAAAACAAACAGUCUAUUGCUCUGCUCAUAAACUUGAAAGCGGCGAUCGCAACAACCCCUUACAGUUGUUCCGAACUACUGAUUGGGGCUCGAACAAUGAAUAUCUUUUCGACAACGUGGUUGAAUUCUUCGUCAUUGAAGAUUUUAUGGCUGUUGCAACGGAAAACAAGGGUAACCUACAGCUGUUUGUCAGUGUAGAUGGUGAUACCUUUGCCCCUGCACAAUUCCCACCAGAUCACUAUAUAGACAGAAACACAUUCACUGUUUUGCAAUCCACAACGCAUUCUAUUCUAUUGGAUGUUUUCAAGUCUACUAUCACUGGCAAGGAAUACGGCGAUCUUUACAAAUCAAAUGGCAACGGCACGUUCUAUCACUUGUCUUUGACCAAUACCAAUGGAGACUCCAGAGGCCUUGUUGACUUUGAAAAGAUGCAGAGUGUCGAUGGUAUCAUCUUCGCUAACCAAGUCAUGAACACCGACGAGUUACGCGGAAGCAAUGAUGUUUCAAAGAAGGUCCGAACCAUGAUUAGCUGGGAUGAUGGUAGCACUUGGCAACCACUUCAACCGCCUCAUAACUACGACUGCAGUGGAACAGAUUGUUACCUCAACCUUCACAGCCGUACCGAUAUCAAUGGCCCUGGUGCCAUUUUCUCAGUUUCUGGUGCACCAGGCAUUGCCAUGGGCGUCGGUAAUGUUGGCGCGCAAUUGCGUCCUUACGAACAGGGAGAUACCUUCUUGACUCGUGAUGGUGGACACACUUGGGUAGAAGUCCGUAAAGGAGAACAUCUGUAUGAAUUUGGUGAUCAUGGAUCUGUUAUUGCUAUUGUCAGCAAUGAAGGUCCGACCAACGAGCUAGUGUACACUUGGGAUCAAGGUGAAACUUGGGAAUUCAUCAAGUUCAGCGAGAAGCCUAUUAGAGUUACAACGCUUACUACUGAACCAACCUCCACCACCCAAAAGUUCGUUAUUAUUGGACAUACCACCUCCUCAUCAGGUGAAGCCCCACAACAAGUCUAUAUCUUGGUCGAUUUCCUUCCCAUUGGUAUGCGCCAAUGCGAAAAUUCUUCAAACUCCAUAGAUUCUAGUGACUUCGAGAACUGGGUACCCAAGGAUGAUGAUGGCGAUAAUAGCUGUUUGCUAGGAAGUCAAAUCACUUACAUUAGACGCAAGAAAGACCGAAAAUGUGCUGUUGGUGACAGAUACCAAUCGCCCAAGAUUACUCAACAAACUUGUAAAUGCCGAGAUAUUGAUUUUGAAUGCGACUUUGGAUUCUGGCGAGAUGAGGAUGGUCAUUGUGUUGCGCACGGCGUUCACCCAGAUAGACCACGCGAUUGUAAAGACAAGUUUACUGGUCGAUCUGGUUAUAAAAAGAUUAGCAAAUCAGUUUGUGAAGGCGGCGAAGACCUUUCCAAAGACAAGGAAUGGGAAUGUGGUGAAGGUGGAUCCGUUACAUCAAACAAGAACGAAUUUGGCGAUGAUAUGGUGAACUAUAUCUUCUUCAACAGCACCGAUCGUGUGAUCGUUCGUACCAACGACCAAAAGGUGUAUUUGAGUGAAAACGACGGCUAUAGCUGGACCCAGCUAUUCAAGGAUACACCUAUUAUUCGCAUGCUGCAGAAUCCACACUUUGAACAGCGGGCAUACUUUAUCACUGAUGGAAAGUCGCACUUCAUGACAACAGACAGUGGUAGCAAUUUCCAGAAGUUUGACGUUCCUAUGGCCCCAUCCCAAGUCCUCCUUGCUCCCAUUAUGAAUUUCCACUCUGGAUCGGCUGAAAAUUUGAUCUAUGUUGGUGAAACUAGUUGCGAUUCAUUUGCAUCGGUUGACUGCCACACUGAAGGUUUUUAUUCUCUGAACGGUGGUCAAAAUUGGGAUAGCAUUGGAACCUAUGUUCGACAAUGUCUUUGGGGUCGAGAUGGUACCAUCACUGCCACUGAUCCUGAUUCCAUCUUUUGUGAGCAAUUUCACGAAAAGUCCGGCAAUCAGAGAACAGCUUACGCCAACCCACUUGAAUUUGUCUCCUCCACUGACUACUUUAACAGCAAGAGCUACUUGUUCGAUGACAUUGUUGGUGUCGCAAUCUUUAAUGGAUAUAUGGUCGUGGCUUCGACUGGACACGGUGGAGCCAAUUUGCAAUUCUCUGUCAGUCUCGACGGCAAAACAUUUGCCGACGCGCACUUCCCUACUUCAUUGGAUCUUCACAAAGAGGCAUACACCAUCAUGGAGUCCAAGUACAACGUCUGGCUUCAUGUUUCCACGAACACUCAUAAGAAUGGCGAGUUCGGUCAUAUUUUCACCUCUAAUUCCAAUGGUACUUAUUAUGUCCUGUCCCUUCAAAACGCCAAUCGCAAUGAAUUCGGUAUCGUCGACUUUGAAAAAAUGCAAGGUAUUGACGGUAUCGCGGUUGCCAAUACGGUCACCAAUCCCAACCAAGCCAAUAUUGGAGAUAGCAAGAAGCUUCUAAGUAUGAUUACAUUCAAUGCUGGUGCGGACUGGAACCCACUUACUGCACCUUCUCAAGAUGCCAAUGGCAAGAAAUAUGACUGUUCGGAUUGUACCCUCAACCUCCACAGUUAUUCUGAACGACGCAACCCAAGAGAUCUCAUUAGUUUGUCGUCAGCCGUAGGACUUAUGGUUGGAGUCGGAAAUGUUGGAAAGACUCUAUCUCCUUAUCUGGAUGGCGAUAUGUUCCUGACCAGAGACGCUGGUAAAACUUGGACAGAGAUUUACAAGGGAGCUCAUCUGUGGGAAUUUGCUGACCAAGGUGCCCUUCUGGUUCUUGUUGACGAUGAAGAAGCGACAGACAGCCUCAAAUACACCACAGACGAGGGCAAAACCUGGAAAUCGUAUCAAUUCGUAAAGGAUGAUAAAAAGAUCCGCGUUUCUGACAUUAUUACGCAACCAGAUGGUACUAGUCAAAAGUACACUAUCUGGGGCAAGGAACGAAGCACUGGCAAGACUGUUGCAUACCAUGUCGAUUUUAGCACCAUUCAUCCCAGACAAUGUAAACUGGAUCUGGAGCACCCUACGGAUGAUGACUUUGAUCUUUGGAGCCCAGAAGAUACCCGAGGUGAAAAAUGUCUAUUUGGUCGCGAAACCAGAUACUAUCGUCGUAUUCCUGAUCGCGACUGCUACAUUGGCACAAAAUUGACCCAACCACAUGAGGUUACUCGUAACUGCGCCUGUACUAAGGAAGACUUUGAAUGCAAUUUCAACCAUAUUCGAAAUGAAAAUGGAGAAUGUGUUCUCGUUGAGGGACUAACACCUCUUAUGCCACAAUGCGAUGGUGAUAUGGACUUUUACUAUGAACCAACUGCAUAUCGAAAGAUCGCAGCUUCCACUUGUCAAGGUGGCACUGAACUGGACAAAGGAGAUCAGAUUUGGUGCCCAGGAAAGUCAUAUUCAAAGGGUAUCUGGGCCGUCUAUAUUCUGUUGCCGUUUGGAGCGGCCGCCGCUAUCUUUGGAGUACUUACGUACCGUAAGAAACGUGGUUUUGGCAGCAUUCGAUUGUCAGAUACUGCGGAGGCUGGUAGUAGAUUAUCUGGUUCAUUAUUAACCAAGCUUGCAUCUGCUGCCGUCGUCAUUCCCGUUGCUGUGUUCAGCUUGAUUUCUCGAAUUCCUUGGCCAACUUCCAUCCCUGACUUUGUACGCAAUAUUCGUUUGCCUACAUUCGGUCGUAGCCAAUACAGUCGACUCAACCAAGACGAGCACGCUGGCGUUCUAAUGGACGACUACGAAGUGUCUAACUUAGAUGAUGAUGCUGAUGAACUGUAGUGCAUCAUCCUCUGCUUUGUCUUUUAUAUUAGAAUUUUUUGUUUCAUUCUACGUGGCCGCGAUACCUUUAUGUGUUAUGCUCAAUUAAAGCAACCUUAACCCAUUAUUGAAAAU